AUGCCGCGCGCCGCGGCGCUCGCCCUCACCGUCCUCGCCCUCACGCUCACCCCACACCGCGCACGGGCGGACAUCAACGCCACGUCGUGGAUGCGCGACGAUGCGAUUCGCGACAAGCCGAUUGCAUCGCUCGUCUUGCCCGGGACGCACGACUCCGGGACGGCUUGGCUCUCGCGCGAGCUCUUACCGGGAUCGGACUCUCAGCUCCCGAAGUGGGCCACAGAGGCGGUGAACGCGGCGGAAAGGUUUGGUUUACCCGCCGACGACGUCGUGCGACGAUGGGCCAAGGCGCAGACGUUGACGAUUGGUGAGCAGUUGAGACGAGGCGCGAGAUACGUCGACUUGCGGUGCGGUUGGACGCCAGACGGCGAGUGGCGGACGCAUCACGCGUUGAUCGGACGGAUGGUCGAUGAGCUGUUGGAGGAGGUGAAGGUGUUCCUGGUUGAGAAUCCGAGCGAGGUGGUGAUCGUGGAGAUGACUCAUUUUUUCGGAGGGCCGCGAGCGGAGGACGUCGAACGGUUGGCGACGGUGGUCGAGGAGAUCUUCGGGGAGCUCUUGGCGCCGUAUCCGGGGUCCACGAAAGCGAUGUACGACAUGAAGGUGAAGGAUUUCGUGGACGCAAAUCACAGAGCGAUCGUGGUGUUCGAGGACGAUCGCACGGCGGCGGAGUGGAAAUUUUGGCCUGCGCGUACGAUAACGAACACGUACGCAGACACGGACGACGAGAACGGCAUGGAAAACUUCAAUCGAGAGGUCGUUCGAGAUUUCAAUAAACCUUCGUUCGCUGCGGAUGCCAUUUUGAAGCUUUCGUGGACGCUCACCACGCAACCGAAGACGGUCAUCGAGGCGUUGGACAUUUUCAAGCGUUACCCACGAAAUCUCCUACAGCUUGCCGAUCGAGCGAACGCCCGUCUCUCAGCGUUCACCGUCGAUGCGACGAACAAUCAUUGCUCCGUCGCCAACAUCAUCGUCGUGGACGAUUUAGCGAACUCGGACGUCCUCGAGGUCGUCGCUCGUCUCAACGCCGUCGGCGCCUCCGAGCGCGGACGGUGCGCGUGGACCACGUCGUCAUCAUCCCCGCGCGUCGCCAUCGAGCGUCGAAAACUGUUGUAA